AUGGCGAAUAUUACAUGUAUUCUUAUCAUUUUAUCGCUGGGUUUCAUCUACGGACAAAAGAUAAAUGGUUCCUCUCGCGAAUUGGAUCCCAUUACGACCGAAGCACCACUAACGAGGCUCAUCGAACAUCAUAUGUCUAUUCAGCAAAAGCUCGCUACACAGCGUGUGCCUAAUUACAGCAAACCACCAUUGGCGCGUGUUUCAGCACUCACUAGUUUCGUCCAACAUCUGCACAACUCGAAUCGCACAUCAGAAUUAUACAAACCUUUCGUAGCUAAACAACCUACAGACACAGCAGCUCACGAUGAACAACAGCCUUCGAACGCUGGACCAGUCCAGCUUGGUCUCAGUAAUUUUCUGCUGGUGCUAUCCAGUCUCUCUAAUCGACCGCUGAGUGAUCAAUCUGCCGCUUCCAGCUCUGGUGGUGUGAUCAGUCAAGGCAUAUCCACUGUUCAGGAGACAUUUUCUCAGGCGAAUCAAGCAUCUUUAUCGGCCAAUUGGAAUCCUGCACGUCCCAUCUCAAGCGCUGUUGUGACCUCCCAGCCCGUAUUCUGUCCAUCAGAUUGCACCAUGGGUAAACAUACACCCUGUGGUGUUGCCCAGAAAACUGCCUCGUUUCGUGUUUUAGGUGGCGCUGAGGUUACACCAUACAACAAAUAUCCGUGGAUAGCUGUAUUGCAGUACUACGAUCAAAACGUAGGCACUGGGACGCUGAUCAAUGAUCGCGUGGUGCUUACAACCGGUAGAACCGUUUCUUCUAUGAUUAUUUUCAAUCAAAUUAAAGUUAUAUUUGGAGUUUUUGAGCCUAAUUCUACCACUGAAAGUACAUCCAGGAGUGUGUUCGCCGUCACCAGAACGAAACUUCAUCCACAGUACAGUGCAUCCAAUUUGCUAAGUUACAAUAUAGGGCUUCUCCAGUUGGCAGUGCCAGUAACCAUCACCGACAACUUCAUGCCCAUUUGUUUGCCCAGCAGAAUUAACACAUUUUCCAACACAGAGGCAAAACUGGUGGGCUGGGGAGCUCGUGAGCUUGGUGGGGAAUCGUGGAACAAACUACAAGAAGUGACUAUUCCUCUGUACUCAUUCGAUGAGUGUCGCCUGGCCUACCCUAAUUCAACAGAGAAUAAUAUAUGCGGUGGUGUGUUUGGCCCUGCACCGAAAGACAAGCAUAAGACUUCUUGCGAUGGCGACGAAGGAGCUGGACUUAUGUAUCCCUGGCCAAACGACCCAUCAUUCUUGACGCUCAUCGGUAUAACUAUCCAAAUUCCGGGCGUUGGUUGUGGACAAACGAACGAACCUGCAGUAUUUACUAAGCUUUAUCCAUAUAUUCCUUGGGUGCAGAGACAAUCUGCCGGAUGCUACUGUAAAGCUUAGAACAUGAACUAUGGCUUAGAUAUUGAAUUUGUUCCGCUUCACUCAUUACGGCCUGAUCAUUUUUUUCGUAAAUAAAUAACACAAAGGUUAUUGAGCUUAAUAAGCUUCAUA